AUGUCAGAUACUCAAUCAAUCUAUUGGACGGAAAUGGAUUCAGCAUUGGAAGACAGUCACCCCAUCAGGACCUUGAUGGAAGAGUGCGGUUGCACCAGACAGAGAGCUAUCGAUUUACUCAGCAUUUGCAAUAAUAAUGUGGAUGCAGCGAAGAAACAUCAUGAUCUUUACCAAGUAUACGCUCAGGACUCGCACGAGGAUUUAGCACUUUCCUUUAGUGAUGGGCAUAGCGAUCUCUCUCUGGGAUCCUUUUCAAGCUCUCAAGCGAUUACUCCCCCUUCCGACCCAAAAGUUCCCAUGGCGGAAGUCAAAGUCCUUGAGCAAGUUGAGCAAGUUGAGCAAGUUGAGCAAGUUGAGGUGUCUGCUAAACUUGCGCCACACGAUGGCCAUGGCAAAGAAUGGGACUUUAUUUUACCGAGUCUACUUGAUAUGUCUUUAGGAGACAUGGACUACUUCGACUCGUAUAGUCUCGCUUCGGCUAUUCAACAUGGGGCUAUAGCUUCUCAUAUCCGAAGCUACUUGAAUCUCUGUGAUACAGCGGUGACUGAGCAAAAUAUGAACACCACAGUUGAGGGCUUUCCACUCAUAUUUUACGCCGUUGCAUCCAACAGUGAAGACAUCGUGCGACUCUUCAUCGAGUACGGAGCGAGCCCGAACGCUGUAUACGAGCCGUUGAAUGUCCCUUUAUUGGCGUUUACAAUCAUGUGCAGUGAAACGCUGCAAAUUGACACGGCAAAUAUGGUUUGCGUGCUCCUCAGUAAAGGAGCCUCGCCUUGCGCUAUUCCCAAGGACUUAUAUACACCUUAUCUACAUGAUAAUGCAACCAGCUCUGGACAGCAAGACUCCGAGGUGACUGAAGAGGUCGCUUGGUGCUCACCAGAGAUAAAAGCCAGGCUUUCUAAGAAUGUCAAUCUCACUCAUCGAUAUUUCUUGGAAAAAUCUACAAAGUUGAAGCCACCCUCUACCAAGAGACGACAGAUUGCACGACUCAAAAAGUGCCAGGGACUUUUAGGCAUUCCAUAUUUUCUCAUUGGACAAUCUGUCGCCACGGAGUUACUUGUUCAAAAACUGCUCAUUCAUAUGAUGCUACCAGCUAAAAAGCCACUCGUUUUGUGUUUUGCUGGGCCAAGUGGUCACGGAAAGACUGAGCUAGCUCGACAGCUCGGCCACUUACUCUCCUUGGAUCUGGAGGUGGUUGAUUGUACCACGUUUACUCAUGAAAUGGAGCUGUUUGGUCCGAGAAGGCCUUAUCAGGGGUACGACAAGGGCUCAGCAGUGAACAACUUUCUCGUUGGGCAUUCUAGGAAGAGGUGCAUUGUCUUCCUAGACGAGUUUGAAAAGACGACCAAGGAGAUACAUUCAUCUCUACUACUCCCAUUUGACAAUGGCGAGUAUCAAGACAGGCGCAAUGGUGAAAAGAUUGAUUGCUCAAAAACUAUAUGGAUACUAGCAACGAAUGCACUGGACAACACAAUCUUGGACUUUUGUGAAGACAAUGAGGCUAUAGCCGGCGAUGACGGAGACGAGAAAUCUCGACAAGUCAGGAAACUCUCACAGCAGUUACGAGAGAGCUUCUUACAGCAAUUUGGCGCACCCGUUACUGGCCGCAUCUCAGAUUUCAUUCCUCUGCUACCCUUUUCGACUGGUGAACAAGCUGUCAUCACACACAAAUGCUUAUUGGAAUUGGCUCAAGAUCUGCGCCUUCCAAUUUGCCUGAUCAAGAACCCAUCAGAGAGGCUCAUUGGUAACAUCAGAUUGCUGAUUAGGAGAGAUGGUACUGUAUGCACAACGCUUGCAAAGUCUCACUACCACGUCAAGCUGGGGGCUCGUAGUUUGAUGGCUGGCGCAGAAAAGGUGAAGCGUAUUGUUCUGGAUGUGUACCUCGAUGACGAUGAGGAGAUUACAGAACAAGACGACCUACGUGACUUUAUUAUCGAUGUGGACGAUGGAGAUAUCGUGGGCAAGAUACUGACGGAUACUCGAGUAAAUACUCAGUCAUGA